AUGAUUCGUACCAGCAGCAUUUUGCUGAAUUCGCCUACACAGUCACCGAGACUAACCUCCCAACAACUACCAAGUUCCAGUACUUCCAGUAGCUGCUCAUCAUCAGACAUCCAUGUAUACACACCACGUCGUAUCAGAUUCGCACCUCUACCAGAACAGAAUCUAUCAAUCGACACGACAACAACCACAACCAUACCAACACCAUCAACACCACCCAUACCAACUUCACCAGACCUCGAAUCAAAUCAAAAAUCAAAACCAUCUUCCUUUUUCCGUCACAUAUUCAAACGCUCAUCACCAACAAGGCACUUCUCAACAGAAGACAUCACCUCACGUAUCCUUGGUCGUUCCCCCACUCCGCAACCUUAUGACCUCGGUUCACCUCUAACCCGGACCAGUUCAUCAUCAUCAGCACCGCCUAAAUCUUCAUCUGAGUCAAAAUCACGCUCUUCAAUCAACUCGAUCGGUUCAGGAGGCGGUCGUCAUACAACAUCCCAACACCGUUUCACUUCCCCAUCUGUCCCUACAAAAUCAGGUAGGCGCAUGCUCAACGGACGCGUAUAUGGUUCAAAACGAAAUCCACCAACAAACCCCUUUGCAAACGUUCGUGAUGAGCCUGAAUUCGUAGAAUGGGGUUAUGGCGGUAUGGGAAGCGUAAAUUGCAGCAGUGACUCAAAAUAUUCUGUUUUGGCAAAGGGCGCACCCGCUUUACUUUCUCAUGGCCAAGCAAAAUCCCCUGGCCCCCGUGGUGGCGCUACAGAACCCGUGGAAAGGAAUGAUGGCGUGGGUGUCCCAGCUCCAGAUGAUGAAGAUGACGGCAGUGGCAUGGGUUGGGUAAAGAAAAGGAGACUCGAAAGAGAACGUCUUGCUAGGGAGAAAGAGGCGGCCGAGACAGAUUCAAGACGCACAAGUACCGACGGAUCUUCCGCCAUGGGCAGUACAAGCACUGAUCUAUCCACUCUCGCUACUUCUUCAGCUCCUACAACUCCUACUAGCACAACAGAUACUCUCCCACCCCCAACUCAAGAUUACAUCUUGGAGGCCGUUAGAUUGAGUCCUACCCAUCAUCACCACAAACGCAUCCCUCCCGUGGUCGAUACUACACACUCCCAAAUCGAGCCUGCCAAGAACAGCCCAAGCCCAACCAGUGAGAGCAGCAGCGAUGAAGAUGACACCCCUAAAGAAGACGAUUCAGACGAGAGCGAGGUCGAGGAGACAGAGGAUCACCGAAAGACAUCCUUAGGUGCUGGUGUCGAGAAGAUAAGCAGGCACAAAGAGGCCGUCCAUUGA